UCCUGGUGAAAGAACUGAGAUCCAUGUGACACACUAUUAUAAAGAUGGAGUUUAAAGAAAAGAGUGAAGACAUGAAGAUUGAAGAAACAUUCAGAGUGAAACAUGAAGAUACUGAGACACAAACCGAGAUGGUGUUUAUUAAAAAGGAGAGUGAGGACAUGAAGAUUGAAGAAACAUUCAGAGUGAAACGUGAAGAUACUGAGACACAAACAAAGAUGGUGUUUAUUAAAGAGGAAAGUGAAGACAUGAAGAUUGAAGAAACCAUCCAAAUGAAACGUGAAGAUAGUGAGACACAAACAAAGAUGGUGUUUAUUAAAGAAGAGAGUGAAGACGUGAAGUUUGAAGAAACACUCAGAGUGAAACAAGAUGACACUGAGGAACACACAGAUCUGAUGGCACUGAAAGUGGAGAGUCAAGAACUAAAUGAAAUGGAAGAGAAAGAUCAGUAUGGGAAACAUCAUGAUUUCAUAACUGGAGAAAAAUUGAGCACUGGAGCAAAGCCAUAUAAAUGUAAUCAGUGUGGAAAGAGUUUCACUCAAAAAGGAAACCUUAACAAGCACAUAAGAAUUCACUCUGGAGAGAAGCCUUUCACCUGCCCUCAGUGUGGAAAGAGUUUCACUGAUAAAGGAAUCCUUAAAAUACACAUGAGAAUUCACACUGGAGAGAAGCCUUUCACCUGCCAACAGUGUGGAAAGAGUUUCACUCAAGAAGUAGUCCUUAACAGGCACUUGAGAAUUCACACUGGCGAGAAGCCUUUUACUUGUAAAUUGUGUGGAAAGAGCUUCACUGAAAAAGGACACCUUAAAGUCCACAUAAGAGUUCACACUGGAGAGAAACCUUUCACCUGCCAACAGUGUGGAAAGAGUUUUAUCAAAAAAGCAAACCUUGAGGAUCACAUGAGGAGAAUGCACAAUGGAGAGACACCUUUAACCUGCAAAUUGUGUGCAAAGAGUUUCAUUCAAAAAGGACACCUCACAGGCCACAUGAGAAUUCACUCUGAAGAGAGGACUUUCACCUGCCAACAGUGUGGAAAGAGUUUCACUCAAAAAGGAAGACUUGAGAAUCACAUGAGAAUUCACACUGGAGAGAAGGCCUUCACCUGCCAACAGUGUGGAAAGAGUUUCAUUCAAAAAGGACAUCUUAAAGGUCACAUGAGAGUUCACACUGGAGAGAAGCCUUUUACCUGCACAUUGUGUGGAAAGAGCCACACCGAUAAAGGAAACCUUAAAAAACACAUGAGAAUUCACACUGGAGAGAAGGCAUUCAUGUGCCAGCAGUGUGGAAAGAGUUUUGCUCAAAGAGGAAACCUUAAGAGGCACAUGUCAAUUCACAAUGGAGAGAAGCUUACACCUACCUAAAGUGUGGAAAGAGUUUCAGAAAUAAACCUUGGAAAUCUCAUGAAUAUAUCAAUUAACAUGUGAUCAGUGUGGAAAGUGUUUCAAACAUAAAGGAAUCCUUAAUUGCCACUUGAGAAUUCACUCAAGAAGUGUGGGAAAAGUUUCAGUCAAAACAGACACUUAAAAGUCCCCAUGAGUUGUCACACUGGCGAGAAGCCCUCGUAAUUUAUUUAGCCUUAUUACACAGCUCUUUGGAAUACUUGAUUCUGAUUGGUCAAUCUCGCCAUCCAGCGGUAAGUAAUUCCCAGAUAACAACCUCUGAAAACAGAAACAUAGGCUGAUUCGGGUCACUGAAGUCAGCAGCACUAUACGCCUGCUAGGAAUGUUUUAUCUUCUUGGAAGUUUUGGAUUUGGUGAGCUAAUAAAAUGUACAUUCAGCCGAUUGUUAUCUCAAAAUAAACCCCUUCAGGCUGAUCCUGAUCACCCAAUCGGGGUUUAUUCUGGGAGAACAACCGGCUGGAUGUACAUUCUCCCUUACAUGUCAUGUCUUUAUCAGAUAAUUGUGUGAACCCAGAACCCAGCGUACGCAAGCCGGCUGCAUCAUCCCAUGCCGAGGAAGUUCAUG